AUGAAACUAUUUGCAAAACAUAGAAUUAAGAAUGAGUUAAAUGAUUUAUCAUUUAAUAUACAUGUUGAACAAAAUGAAUCUGAGUUAUCUUUUAGCUUAAAAUUCAAUAGUUAUUUGUAUAAUAGAAACUAUGAUUUUAUAGUAAAAUAUCCUGAUGAUUAUCCAUUCAAAACACCAAAGGUUUAUAUAAAACAACAUGUAUUUCAUCCGAAUAUUUAUAAUAAUUCAGUCUGUCUCGAAAUCUGUAGAUUGGGGUGGAAACCUUGUUACGAUAUAAAUACAAUAAUAUCUUGCUUAAUUUUGAUUUUUGAAGAACCAAGAUAUGAAAAUGCUUUCAAUAUAGAAGCGGGACAAUUAUUACAAUAUAAAUACGAACAAUUUAUUAAAACUGUUAAAGAAGUUGAUUUAUUGAACGACAAAAAUGAUUAA